CUUCUCAGCUGCGCAACGGCGAUAUAAUGGCGGCGAAGAUCCCAUACUUCACGUUCAACAAUGGUGUCAAGGUGCCCUCGGUCGGCAUGGGGUGCUGGAUGGGCUCGCCGGGCGGCGGCGAGAGGGUGGAGGUGAUGUGCAAGAGUGCCCUCAAGUACGGCUAUCGCCAUUUGGAUACUGCUUACGGAUACGGCAAUGAAGAGCACGUCGGGAAAGCGAUCCGCGAGUCGGGAGUGCCGCGCGAGGAGAUCUUCCUCACAACAAAGCUUCCGAACAAGCACCAUCACCGUGUUCGCGAGUCAUUCGAAGAGUCGCUCAAGGCGCUUGAUUGCGGAUAUAUUGACCUCUAUCUCAUGCACUGGCCGCAGACAGACACUGAAACUGGCGAGCACGUGCCCUACGGAGAGGAGCCCACCUUCAUCGAGACAUGGAAGGAGAUAGAGAAACUCCUGGCAACCGGCAAAGUGAAAUCUAUCGGCGUCUCCAACUUCUCUAUCAAGACGCUCAACGACUUGCUUCCGCACUGCUCGGUCGUCCCGGUGACGAACCAGGUCGAAAUACACCCUUGCCUCCCCUCCUUCGAGCUGCAGAAGUUCUGCGAGGAUAAGGGCAUCCUCCUCACUGCUUAUUCGCCCCUCGGCCGCCCAAUACCCGGCCAGGACAAGCCGGUGCUCUUCAACGAUCCCGGCGUCGUGGGUAUCGCGGAGCGGCUCGGCGCAUUGCCCGCGCAGGUGCUCAUCAGCUGGUGCGUGCAGCGUGAGAUCAUCGUCAUCCCCAAGAGCGAGAGCGUCGAGCGGAUGAAGGCGAACAUUACCCUGGUCGAGCUGACCGAGGAAGAUAUGGCAGUCCUCGGUGAGAUCUACAAGCGACCCGGGAUGCAAAAGUCGCUACUUGCGUACCAUAACUACACGGACGACGGGCUGGUCUUUGGUUGGACGUACGAGCAGCUAGGAUGGAAUAUGAAGAAGGGCGGGAUUUGUGUUGAUUGAAGGCCUUCGCUGGCCCGUACAAAAAUUGUUGUGCACGUACUCCCCCGCAUGUAAACCUUAUCGUUUCGCCUAGCCUAGAAUCCCACGAUUUCCUUCAAAUUCAC